AUUUCAUUUUUCAAGCUUAUCUAAGCUUCACACUCUCACGUAUGACUGACACACGGGAGUAAUUGCGAUGAAUGAUCCUGUUGACAUAUCGAGCCUCCGUUGAUACAGCUCAAUCAUCAGACAUUACACGUUAUAAAUAUCCAGUAAUGUCAUUCAUCAUAUUUGACUGGUCAUGGCGCUCAUCUACGAGAUUGUUGUAAAACAAUAGACGUUAUGGUAUGUGCGUCAGAUGCAGGAUUAUCACACCUGGAUCGGCAACAAGUGAGGGAUGGCGGCUCUGGUCGUCCAUUUCACGUGGACCGUCCUGUUCGUCCUUAUCACAGAGCUGCGUGUGGUAUCCACGUCGCCGCUGCCUGUAGUCCAAGGACUGAUUGGGAGUCCACCUCCGUCGGUGAUUGAUACUGUAGCAUUUGGCAGAUAUGGUCAACACAGAAGUCAUAACGCCAUUGCUAAAUGGGACAGACCUGAUGUGGACAGCUUCAAGUCGAUGCACUUGUCACAAUCUCAUCGUAAGGAAAGGAAAUAUACGUUGACACAUUCUGCAGUGCCCCACGCGAGGAUGCCGAAUGUGCAAGCAUUGGAUAAGGUUCCUGCAAUCCCUGGACCACAACGGAAAGUUCCAAUCCAAAGGAAAACCAAAGAAAAUGGCACCAAAGGAUCUCCCAGAUUGGCUACAGGGAAAUCCGUUAAGCAAAUUGCAGAAGAGUCUAGGAUGAGAUAUGAACAACACAAACCUCUGAUUAACGUUGUUCCCCCAAAACACAAAACUGUUCACCUUGAGAAGCCCAGCAAUGAAAGAAAAGUAUCUCACAAUUACGAUUUUAAAAAUAUAUUGGCCAAAAUAAUGGAGAUAUCUAAAGCACUGGACACGAUAGCCACUGUGUUUAGUAAUGCAAAACAUGAUUUAAAUGCUAAUUACAUUGAUCAGUUCUUAAACAAGCACAUUGGAACUGUUCUUAAUUCAUAUGCACAACCACAAGGCUUGUCGACCGUUUAUAUGCCUGUGACACGAAGGACACACAAUCACGUUAGUAAAAGAGCCAGCGGGGUCCCUACGCCAAUAACACUAAAAGACGCACUAGCGCAUUUACUAUCUGUAUCUGAAAGAGAAAAGGGUCACAUUCCAAGGAAUCUGAACCCUUACCAGAAAAUUAUGGCAAACUUUGCCAUAAAACAAAAACAAAUGAGGUCAAUUUUGGCGUUCAUAGUGAACCCCUUAUUAUUUGGGUCCAACAAACCUUAUAUAGGGAAGAACCAACCAAACUCACCCAGGGCACAGAAGCAGGCUCCUCCUACGCUGACACCGUUAAGAAACACACAGACGCCUAAACGUUUUCGGAAUCAGUUAGUUUCUUUUGGUAGUCCCCGUUUGACUACUGGGCAGUUGGCACACAUUCAAGAGCAGGAAAGAAUUAGAAAUCUUGUUGAACAACAACGUUUGAGUCGUGGACCUUUUGCAGCUCCUGCACAAACACCUAACGUUAAUCAGAAUCAAGGUCAAACUCCUCCAAAUCCGAUUAAUAACAAACAAAAGCAAGUUCGUUCAAACCCCCCGGGUCGUCAGUCAUCAUCUACUAAACAGCCUACACGCACCAGCGGGCCGAGGAGUACGCCACCCCCACGAUCUACUGGCGGAAUGAGGCAGUUGCCUCAAAGGACAAAUGGCCAGGCAACUCCAUCUCGGAGUCCAAACAGAAUCAACCAGGCCCAGAGAACACGCAGUGGCCAAGCUCCAAUAACCAGGAGACGAUCUGUUGAUCAAACCACCAUGUCCCAAGACUCUGCACGUAAUCAGAGACAAUCAAAUCGCCAAGGCGUCCAGACGAAACCGACACCUCAAAAUUCAAAUAGACAGCGUAUUGGAACUAGACAAAGUAAUUCGCUUUCAAGUUCAAAUCGUCCAACCCCAAAGCCUACAACAGGACGACGCCAAUCCCCUAACCAGCAAACAAAUUCAUUUGGUUCAUCACGUAGCGGCCAGAGAAAAGAACUAAUUUCUCCUGCAAGUCGGAUAACGGCUCCACCUCGUCAGUCAGACCAAAAAGGAGAAACUAGUCCACAACGAAAUGGGUUUGCUUCAAGCAACCACCGUCAGCUGAACCAGAAAAGACCAAACAUUCAGAUGAAUACACCUCAAGGGUCAAACCGUCACCAGACCCUUCCCCAGACCGAUGCCUUUAAAGGGACUAAGGAAUUGAGCCCACAGUCUACUUCUGCGGCAAAUCAACAGAGACAGUCUCAUGGUAACUCCAUCCGUCAGAAUAACCAACAACCUCGACAGACUAAUCUUCCUUCCCAACAACCACGUAUGCGCUCAAAUGUUAUAGAAAAUCAUAAAGAACCAAACAGUCCUAAACAGCAGCCAAAUGUACACUCACGACAACACAUAGCAAAUCAACGGCAAUCAUCCGCUCAUCACAAAGCCCCCAAAACAGUGCGUCAACUUGAGAGACCCACAUUCAACCCCGGACCACAACAACCUACAAAUCAAAACCCACAAAUUAAUCAACGUAAACCAGUCAACCGCGGUAUUGAUAGACGCACAACGCUCGACCCUCAGGCAACCAGGGAUCCCUCUCAAGUUUUCGUCAACAACCAUGUAAGGUCAAAUCCGAGGGAAACGCUACUCAUUCGUAAUCAUCAUCCCCAAAAUGGUAAGAAAGUUGGCAUUUCAAUCGGACUUGGAGCACAAAAUGGCGUUUCCCUUACAAUGAAAGAACCCUCUGAUCCCAUGAACUUCAUUCAUGCAAGAACCACAUAGAGCGUGACGACAUCCAGAAUACAUCCACAUUUCUAUAAUGACAGCACUGAAGAGAAAUGGCAAAUGCAUAUUCCAGUUUAUUUCAUAAAGUGGAGAAGACAACAAGCUUUGUUCAAAUGUUUUGUGUCAGUAUAAUUAAAUGCUUCAAGAAUUCAUUAGAUGACAAUUACGCGUAAUUAUUAACGUGUUUGCAAUGGACAUAAAUGAAACGAAAAUGAUCAUUUCUGAAGACAAUCAGCUUAUGUCUAUUUGACAUCCAAAGUCAGUGCAUAUACAACUGAGAGAGUUUUACAAACAUGAAUGCUGGAAAGGCUCCUACCUUUGAGAAAUGUCGCCACCACACAAUAGACUUAGUUAUUACUGGAGUUCGUCAUCAAAACAGUGACUGUGACACGACUGUGAACCAUCACCGAGUCACAAACAUGCCUGUUACUCGAGUACAAAUGAGUAAUAUCAUUUUACCAAUGACUGUCAAAAUACCAAUGAGUAGUUCUGUCAAAUAUCUUACAGUCAAAUAGUUCUUCUCUGUUGGAGGGGUCUCUUUUCUUAAAAUGAAUACGUAAUUAUUUUGCCUGAGAUCUAACAACAUGAAAUAAAGAUAUUCUAAA